CUUUUCACAAUAUAUUUUUACAAUAACGAGUUUUGUAAGAAAGUUUGUUGAUAAAAAAAUAAAACAUGAUAUAUAAACACUAGAGGUUUCAGUAGAGAACAACAGUCUCAAAUCGUCUCUCAAUCACAGUUUUUGCUAAAAAUUAAAUAUUAAUAUAAUUUCUCGCCAAACCUUAAAGAUGAAGCUCUUUAUAUCUGCAUUGGCAAUAAUUGCUACGUCUCAAGCACUUACUGAUAAGGACGAGUGGAUCAAUUUCAAAACAAAACAUGGAAAAAUCUACAAAAGUCCUGCAGAAGAAAUUCAACGCUAUUCAAUUUUCCAGUCCAACUUACGCAGAAUUGAAACUCAUAAUGCAAAAGAGGAACAGGGAAUUUCUUCUUUUAAAAUGGGCGUUACAAAAUUUGCAGAUCUCGCUCCUCAUGAAUUCAAAGAUAUGAUGAAGUUAUCGAAACAACAAAAAAAAAUAUGGAAACAAUAAAAACCUCGUAGAAGAUCUUCCAGAUGAAGUAGAUUGGAGCAAGAAAGGAGCAGUGACUGAAAUUAAAGAUCAAGGUCAAUGUGGAUCCUGUUGGUCUUUUAGUGCGACUGGUACAAUGGAAGGAGCAAACUUUAUCAAAACUGGUAAACUAAUUUCCCUAAGUGAACAGAAUUUGGUAGACUGUGAUUCUGACUGCUAUGGUUGUGGGGGGGAUACAUGAUUAAUGCACUAGAAUAUGUACAGAAAAAUGGGAUUAUGCCUGAAGAUAAAUAUCCAUAUGAAGCAGAAGAUGACAAAUGCCGUUUUAAUUCCUCUGAGGUUGCUGUUAAAAUUUCUUCUUUUACUCAAAUAAUUUCUGGCGAUGAAAAUGAUCUUCAACAGAAAGUUGCUUUGGUUGGGCCUGUUUCGGUUGCUAUUUAUGCUUCUUUUAAUUUGCAGUUGUACUCAGCAGGUAAUUUGGAUGAUAAUGCUUGUGAAAAUUCAGAAGAAUGGUUGGAUCACGAUGUUUUGGCUGUUGGAUACGGAACUAAAAAUGGUCAAGAUUAUUGGAUUGUCAAAAAUUCAUGGGGAGAAGUUUGGGGGAUGGAAGGAUACGUCUGGAUGUCCAGGAACAAAAACAAUCAAUGUGGAAUUGCUACUGAUGCCGUAGUAGCCAUUGUCUAAAAUUGUGUUAUCUUUAUU